CAGUUUCAUCCAAAUCCUAGCUCUCCUUUCCGUUGUUUCUUCACAGCCUCGAUACUUCAACCAUUUUUCCUUCACCUGUAAAACCCUAAUUAUUCUGCUAUUCGUCACCAUGACUGUCCCUUCUUCUAAGAAUCGAGACGAUGUCGUGAAAAAUGAGAUGCCUUCCUAUUUUUAUUUGCCAUCGCUGGAUAUCUCUGUAGCAUUUCCUCAAGCGACUCCAGCCUCUAUAUUUCCUCCAUGUGCUUCAGAUUACUAUCAAUUUAAUGACAUAUUGACUCUGGAGGAGCAGGCUGUUAGAAUGAAAGUAAAAGAGUGCAUGGAAAAAGAAGUUGCUCCUAUAAUGGCUGAGUAUUGGGAGAAGGCUAAGUUUCCUUUCCAUGUUAUUCCAAAACUUGGCGCACUGCGUAUUGCUGGUGGCACUAUCAAGGGUUAUGGAUGCCCUGGUCUUUCUGUUACUGGAAGUGCUGUAGCCACAGCAGAAAUUGCUAGAGUUGAUGCAAGCUGUUCAACUUUCAUUUUGGUUCAUUCAUCCUUGGCAAUGCUCACUAUUGCUUUGUGUGGAUCAGAAGAUCAGAAGCAAAAGUAUCUACCUUCAUUGGCACAGCUACGCACUGUAGCAUGUUGGGCUUUAACUGAGCCUGAUUAUGGAAGCGAUGCCAGCGCUUUAAAGACAACAGCAACAAGGGUUGAAGGAGGUUGGAUCCUUGAGGGCCAGAAACGCUGGAUAGGAAACAGUACAUUUGCUGAUUUGUUAGUUAUCUUUGCUAGGAAUACCACAACAAAUCAGAUAAAUGGGUAUAUUGUGAAAAAGGAUGCACCUGGUUUGAUAGUCACGAAAAUAGAGAACAAAAUUGGACUCAGGAUCGUUCAAAAUGGAGACAUUCUUUUGAAGAAAGUUUUUGUCCCUGAUGAGGAUAGAAUUCCUGGAGUGAACUCUUUUCAGGAUACAAAUAAGGUACUUGCUGUUUCGCGUGUGAUGGUUGCUUGGCAACCUAUUGGCAUUUCAAUGGGCAUAUAUGAUAUGUGUCAUAGGUACCUAAAGGAGAGGAAACAGUUUGGAGCACCAUUGGCAGCUUUCCAAAUCAAUCAACAGAAACUUGUUCAGAUGCUUGGUAACAUUCAAGCAAUGAUUCUUGUUGGUUGGCGCCUUUGCAAGUUGUAUGAGAAUGGUAAAAUGACUCCAGGUCAUGCCAGCUUAGGGAAGUCGUGGAUCACCUUGAGGGCAAGAGAAACAGCUGCCCUGGGACGUGAAUUACUUGGUGGCAAUGGAAUUCUGGCUGAUUUUCUAGUGGCAAAGGAAGGGAAGUUACUGGUUUAUCCAGCCUCAGGCCUGUUGCCCAAAGAAGUCGACUGUAAAAAUGCAUGCGGAGUCUAUCUUGACAUUUUUUUGUUGUAUUCGGAAAAUGCAGAAACAUGCUCCGAUUCCAUGCUAAGCCAAUAUCAUGAAGCCGAUUUGUAGUAGACAAUGCGUGCCUUGUCACUUACGAAUCACAUUCACAAUAUUUGCUGCACAAGACUUGAUCUCAUUAAAUUAAAGUUGCAUAUUUGUUAAUUUUUAACUACAGAUUUAACUAAUUGGCAUCAUUCUGGACGUACACGGUUA